AUGAGUAAUUGGCUGGGAUUUUGUCUGACUCCACACCUGAGAGUUGAUGGUGAUGAUGAUCAUGAAGCAUUUGGAAAUGAAAAUCCCUCGGAAAAUGAAAAUCCUCAAGAGGGUUGUUUUCACAAUCCUAUUUCUAUAAUGCCUUUGCGCUCUGAUGGCUCUCCUUGUGCAUCGGAUCCUUUUAGGCGCUCAUAUGGCACUGAUGAGUGGAGUACGGGGGCUGGAAACCCUAAUGGGGAGGGUCCAAAAUUUGAAGAUUUUCUGGGUUGUUGUUACUCAAAUUCACCUCCAACUGAGACUAAAGUUUACUGUCAAUCUGAACCUGGGGAAAUAAAUGUUAAUAUGACACCAAACUUUGAUUUGGAUACAUGUGAUGGAGAUGCUGAAAGAGGAGAAAAUUUCACGAACCCAUCUUUUUUGCAACCAUAUCACUAUAGUAUAAUCCCAGCUGGUGGGCAGAUUGAAACCUGUGGUGCAAACCCUAGCCAUGGCGUGUACCAUGUACCAUUUGAUAGUGCUGCAACUUCAAUUUCUGGAUUCAAGUCCUGGUUGCGCCAAACUCAGUCUCCGGCUGAGAAACCUCCCGCGGAGGAGAACAGCAGUAAUUUUCAAGCUCCUUUUGUAACUAUGAACCCCAGUUCUCAACCGGGCUUGGCGGUGGCCUCGCCGCCUUUGCACUUGGCCGCUGAUUGUAAAAAGCGGACAGUGUCGAAGUCUGAUGCUGCUAGGGAACCUGUACCACGUAAAUCAAUCGAUACUUUUGGACAAAGAACCUCUCAAUAUCGCGGUGUUACAAGGCAUCGAUGGACUGGAAGGUACGAGGCUCAUUUCUGGGAUAACAGCUGCAGAAAGGAAGGACAAUCAAGAAAAGGAAGACAAGGGGGUUAUGAUAAAGAAGAAAAGGCAGCUAGAGCUUAUGAUUUAGCUGCUUUAAAAUAUUGGGGUCCAACUACUCACAUUAAUUUUCCUUUAAGCGCAUAUGAGAAAGAGUUUGAAGAGAUGAAAAACAUGACCAGGCAAGAAUUUGUAGCCCACUUAAGAAGGAAGAGCAGUGGAUUUUCAAGAGGGGCAUCAAUGUACAGAGGAGUCACAAGGCACCAUCAGCAAGGACGGUGGCAAGCUCGAAUUGGAAGGGUUGCAGGCAACAAAGACUUGUACCUUGGUACCUUUAGUACACAAGAAGAAGCUGCAGAAGCCUAUGAUAUUGCUGCAAUUAAGUUCAGAGGGACGAGUGCGGUGACCAAUUUUGACAUAAGUAGGUACGACGUGAAGAGGAUUUGCUCAAGCUCAGCCCUUGUCGCAGGAGACCUCAUUAAGCGUUUCCCUAAGGACUCAGGUCCAUCUUCCCUCGAGAAUUUCAAUUCUUGUGCAUCGUUGGCUUCCCCUCCCCAUCCUCUUCUCCCAACAACUAACGGAGAACCUUCUGAUGAAUUGACAGACGUGAUAUGGGAUGCUGACACUGAUGAGCAGAACCAGGUUGCAAAUGCGAAUAAUAAUGAACUUGGCAGGAUCAACCAGCUGGAACUCCUCUAA